AGUAAGGUGGGGCGAGAAUAAAAGAAGAAAGAAAAUGUGGCGGUCUCCCACUUCUACUUGUUCGUCUACGACGGUGGAAUCCCCGGCUGCGGCAGCGCCUGGAUCGCGAUUAAAAAAUUGGGCUCUCGCCGGAGCUUGGCAGAUCGUGAACAAGUCGCGCCCAUCUCCUCAUCCACGAUUAGCAGUUUCCAUAACCCUCUUUGCUACUACUACUUGAGAGAGAGAGAGAGAGAGUGAGAGGAGAGUGGAAGAGAUCUUGCAAUCUAUCGAUCGAUCGAGUUUCUCUCUGGAAGCUAGAAUUGGGCGGCGAUGGACAAGGCGGAGCUCUUCAAUCGGCAGAUGUGGGAGGUUUUUGGCGAGCGUGGGCGGUUGGCGGAGCCGCUGCUGUGGCUGGCGUCCAUAGCUGUGGGGAUCGUCUUUUGCAAAUCUGUGUACGACAACAUGGAAUCCAGCUUCUCGCAGAUCAAGGUGUACCGAGCCCUCGCGAGGCGGCAGCAAAUCGAGUGGAGCAACAGAGGAUUUUCAACCGCGCACGCGAUUGUUGUGUCCACCAUCGCCGCUUACCUUCUUGUGUACAGCGAUUUCUUCUCCGACGCUGCCCCGUACGGGCCCGUGGUCUUCCGUAGCACCAUCUUCUCUCAGGCUGUUCUUGGUUUCUCGAUCGGCUACUUCAUCGCGGAUCUCUCGAUGAUAAUUUGGUGCUAUCCGGAUCUUGGAGGAUGGGUUUACAUACUCCAUCACGGCCUUUCUAUCGCCUCGCUAGCUCUGGCUCUUCACAGUGGGUACGCGCACAUCUAUCUUUACUUGGUCCUCUUCUCGGAAUUCACUACUCCGUUCGUCAACUUGAGAUGGUACUUGAGCACUGCUGGCCAAAGUGGAUCAAACGCCUACCUCCUCAAUGGGAUCUUACUUUUCCUGACAUGGCUGAUCUUUCGAGUGCUGCUCUUUGUCUACUUCUUCACUCAUAUUUACCUCCAUUUUGAUCAGGUAAGCGUUUUGGUAAUUGUUGUUUUACUCGUUAUCUUGACAGGUGAGACAAAUGCACGAUGCUGGAUUUUAUUUCUUGUUUAUCGCGCCGCCUCUGCUGGCGUUGAUGAACCUGGUAUGGUUUCGAAAGAUUUCACUGGGUGUUGUCAAGGCUUUCAAGAAGAAACAAAAGUAAAUAUGAUAGUGUGAACAGCCCUUUGAAUUAACCUAGCAGUGUCCAUUUGAAUCA